AUGCAAGCAAGUUACUUCUUCACCUUGUUGAUCGUGGCCUUCGACUUCUCCGUCAAAACUGCAACGAGAAUCACAACGCUGUACAUGUUCACCUCCUUUGUAGUGGGCCCCGUCUGCGGCCUCCUGGUCUACCGUAUCCGGCGACUCAAAUACUUCAUCGUCAGCGGGACUGUCCUCUUCCUCGUUGGCUUCGGUCUCCUGAUUAGAUACCGCGGCGGAGCAGGCACAUCCUCCUGUGCAGGCCUCAUAGCCGCACAAGUCAUUCUCGGGGUUGCCGGCGGGCUAACACCAUAUGCGUCGCUCACAUCGCUACAAGUAUCUCUAAAACAAGAAGCAUUUGUUGUCAUGAUAGGUCUAUUCCUAGCCUGUCACAGUAUUGGCGAUGCACUGGGCAACAGUGUGGCCGGUGCAAUUUGGACACAGAUCCUUCCAACUUUCUGGCACCAGCUCUUCCGCUGGCCCAUGCAGGGCAUAUCCUCAUUCGUGUGUCGGGAUAUCCUCCACCUUCCCCGCCCCUCGCUCAUCGAGAGGUACGCCAAUAUCGUCGUUGUCUUCGUCAUCUCCGCUACGUUGCAUCUCGCCAUUGACUCCCGGGCCGGAAUUAUGCACCCGCAAACAGGUGCCCUAAGAUGCUUCCUCAUCCAGCCGCUGGGUAUUAUGCUUGAGGACGGAGCGCAGGCAAUCUACCGCCGGGUCCACGGAGGAGCAGCAACUUACAACAAGUGGACCAAGUUGGCGGGAUACAUCUGGGCCUGGGCCUUUCUUACCCUAGUGGCACCGUUGUAUAAUGUCCCGCUCUUUCGGUAUGAAGACCCGAAUAGAAAUGGGGUUCCGUUGCCUAUUAUCCAAACGUCCGUUGAUUACCUAGGGUCGAGAGAGUAG